AUGUCGCUCUCGUCCAACACCAACUCGCUUCCCUACUCGACGGACAAGGGCGGGUACAGCACCCACGACACGCUCGUCCUCCUCGGCAUCGGCUUCUGCGCCACCGCCGUCUCAAUCCUCAUCAUCGUGCUCUGCGAGUGCCUGUGCUGCCGCCGCCGCCGCGCGGGGGGCACGGUCGUGUACGUGGCGGCCAGGCCGUUUUUUCUGCACGGCGACGGAGACGGCGGCGGCGGGCUGAGCCCCUCCGCGGUGGCCGCGCUGCCGUCGUUCGUGUUCCGCAGGGGCCUGGCGGCGGUGAGCAGCGGCGCCGGCCGCGGCGAGGGCAGCGGCAGCGGCAGCGGGCGCGGGUGGGCGCAGUGCGCGGUGUGCCUGAGCCUAGUGCAGGAGGGGGAGGUGGUGCGGCGGCUGCCGGCGUGCAUGCACCUGUUCCAUGUCUGCUGCAUCGACAUGUGGCUGCGCUCCCACUCCACGUGUCCCCUCUGCAGGGCCACCGUGGAGCCUACCAAGCAGGCGUCUUCAAAGGAGCAGGCGCCACCGGUGUAA